AUGGAAGGUCUAAAAAUUUCCCGAGAGACCAGACAAUCCUCCAAAAUUAAGCAGAUCGAUGAAUCAUUAUUAACGCGAGAUCGAAAUCAAAAUAUUGUCAAGAUCAUUAUUCCUGAACUAGAUAAAGCUGAUACACAUGUACAUGAUGCUAUUCACGAUGUAUACAAUGCUCAAAUAAUCGAUAACGACAUAUAUAUCAAAUAUGACGGGGAAGAUAAAUCGACUAUUUACAGACUUCUUGCGAAUUCAGCCGCUGCGCAUAAUCCAAAUUGGCAUGUAAACUCUAAUGAGAUAUGUGUGGCUGGGAACAAUGACUAUCGGCCCGAUGUUAGCGUGUGGUUUCAAAGGCCGACGUUUUUAAAACGGCAAAAUCCAAUUAGAAAUUCCCAUCCACUGCCGAAUGUCUGGAUAGAGAUUUUUUAUAACAGAGAUUUAGAUCGUGAAAAAGCGUUACAUAGAAUUACUUUGGCUCAACGACAUAAUCCUAGAAUUGAAUUUGUUGGAAUGGCUCUUCCCGAAUUAGUUCGUCCGUUCCCUCAGAAUCCAAAUCCUUGGAUAGAUUCGGUUCCUGUAACUCGAGAAAAUGAUCGACCUAAUCAAGCACCAUACCUUAUACAUUGGAAUGCCAACACUAAUCCGGUUUACUUUAAAAUAAACUGGAAUGAGCAUUUGGUUCUUAGAUGUGGAUGGAUCCUCGAACUAAAUAAUGUGCUUAAUACAAUUUCUAUACCCUAA